GUGUGUGUCUGUGUGUUAGAGAGAGAGACAGGCAGAAGGAGGAGGAGGAGAGAUGGCGGCGGCGGCGGAGCCCCGGAGCGGGGGAGAGGGACACCACCCCGGGGACGGAGACCGGGAGCGGGACGGGGACGGGGACCGGGCGGCCUUCGAGUGUAACAUCUGCCUGGACACGGCGAGGGACGCGGUGAUCAGCCUGUGCGGACAUCUCUUCUGCUGGCCGUGUCUCCAUCAGUGGUUGGAGACGAGGCCGAGCAGGCAGCAGUGUCCGGUGUGUAAGGCUGGAAUCAGCAGAGAUAAGGUUAUUCCUCUGUAUGGGCGCGGCAGCACCAGCCAGGAGGACCCCAGAUUGAAAACUCCACCUCGACCUCAAGGGCAGAGAACAGAGCCUGAAAGUAGAGGGCCGUUUCACGGGUUCGGGGACACAGGCUUCCACAUGUCGUUUGGAAUCGGUGCUUUUCCCUUCGGUUUCUUCACCACAGUCUUCAACACCAACGACCCUUUUCACAGAGCAGAUCCUCGCUAUGCAGGAGAUCACCAAGGCAACGGUAACCCCAACAACGGCAACAACUGGCAGGACUCGCUCUUCCUCUUCCUCGCCAUCUUCUUCUUCUUCUGGAUGCUCAGUGUGUGAGAGAGAGAGAGAGAGAAAGAGAGAGAGAGUGUUAAUGCGCGAGAGAGAGAUAUUUAGAGGGAGAAAGAGAGAAAAGAACACAGAGAUGGACAGAGAUGGUUGUAGAAAUACAUAUACACACACACACACACACACAAACACACACACAUGUAUAGAGAGACACACACACACACACACGGUACUGUUAAUAGAUGAAUAAAUGAACUUUAUGUAACCCCGCCCCCUAUCCAGGAUGUUUCAUCUGGAUAAAAGUGUUUUUUUUUUUUUUUUUUUUUGUCUUUUUUUUUAUUUUGUGGGGAAAAUAAAUUAUUCCUCUGCUCUGUUGCUUUUUCACCUCUCUACUGACAGAUCAGGCUGAACACACACUCUCUCACACACGCACACACUCGUACACUCCUACACUGAGAAUCAGGCUGUCCCUUAUGUGUAUAUAUAGAGAGGUGUAAUUUAAUAAAAUAGAAAAGAGAGAGAGAAUAAUAGAGAGGAAGAGACACACAGUGUUAAAUGGCUGCUUCACUAAACUGCAAAACAAAUAUCUUAUUGGAAAUUGCCAGCAUCUCAUAUAUGUUGAUAAUAUAUCUAAUAUAUGUAUCUCAUUAUGACAUAUUAUUGUUAUUAUGGUAAAUAUUUUAAGAUUAAGGCCCUUUCACACACAUAAUCUGAUUUUUUCAGACAAACAACAAAACACCUGAGAGUUAAAAACAAUGCUUUAUGUUCUUCUUACAUUGUAUUCUGAAUUCUGGAUUAUUGAAUUUUGUAAGUUCUGUAAGUUUGUAAAUUCCGACUCCUGAUUCUUUUAUUAGUGUUUUUCAAUGAGGAUUAAUCUACAGUUACAGUAGAUACAGAAUCACAUGACAACCAAGGGGAGCCGGAUUUCAGCUAAUCUCUUCUUUAACUUCUGUUUGUUUCUUCCAUUGAUAAACCAGAUCAUGGUUCAGUAGAUCCACCUGUUAUUUUUUAAGGCGUUUUUACACCUAUUGCACUAUUUGGUCUGGUUAAAUCGAACUCUGGUUGGUUUGUUCUCUUGGUGUGGUUUGUUUGAGCAGGUGUGAAAACACUGAUUUCACUCUAGACCUGUGAGAAGAGGUGGUUUCGGAUUGGUUACAAACUAAACAGACUAUAAAAUAUACUCCAUGUUUUUAACUAAACGGCUUUUCAGGUGCAGUUUAGCCUGAUUUAUUACGCAGAUAAUAAUUACUGCAGCUAUGAACUAAACCUAAUCUCUGCUUCAUGCUAAGCUGUUUCACACUGAAUGCUGUAUGUGUUACUAGACGAAAAUCCCAGUGAAAACACUGUGUUUUAAAGCGUGUUCAGUGUUAAAGCAGCUUCACACUGCACAGAUAUACGUUCAGUUGUUUAAUACAGAACCUUCUUACUGUAUUUAAUUUCUUGCUCCUGCGCCAGACAGCUCUAAACAAUCAGAGGAGACUAAUUAUGUAGAAGUAUGUGAGUAUCUCACAUAGUUUGUUGGUGCGCAUUUUAGUGAGUUUAGGUUUUUGCCUGUGUGAAAACAAACCAAACCAAAGAGAAAUCCUCCAAAUAAAUGAACUUAACUAAUUUCGACCAGAAAAAAUAACACUAGAGGUGUGAAAACGGCCUCAGUUAAGCUAAAUUUUAGUAAUUUGUUCGGUGAAAGCAGCCUUAAGAUUUGUUUUCUCUCCAUCAUUGAUUUUUGCUGUUCAAACAAAAUUAGUAAUUUUGUGACGGCCCCUUAUUCACUUUUUUUCACCCUGUCAAAAAAUCUAAGCCUUGAAAGGUUUGAAAACACACUUAAACACACACUUCUGCGUAUUUGCAGGAGUUUUCGUCAAGAUCAUAAGAAGUCAGCUCUUACUACACUGCAGAUAAAUCGGAUCAUGGUUUAGCUGAUCCAGACUGAUACCAGAUCAUCUCGUUAGACCAAAUUCUGUUUUUUUGGUCCAGACUGAAGCUUUAAGACCCUAAAAUUUGGUCUGAAUCAAACAAAAUGUGUGUAAAAGCAUGUUUUUGAGGUUCUAUCUUCAUCGUUGUUUUUCGCUUUUUGAACAAAAUGAGGAAUUUAGCGACGGCCCCUUAUUCACGUUUUUUUUUUACCCUGUCAAAUAAAAUCAAAGCCUUGAUAAGCUUUGCAUACACACACACACACACACACACACACACUCCUGAGUCGUUGCAGGAGCUUUCCUCAAGGUCAUAAAAAAGUCAUUUGAACAGGUUUCACGAUCCGCAACAGAUUUUCAUACCAAAGAAAAACCCAAUUUUUUUUACAUUAACUUUUACAUUAGUGCAGAAACACACUGAGAGAAAGUGUUAAAUGUAGGAAAAUCAGUGAAUAAAUAAAGCAGCAGUUGAAUAUGUUGUAUGUGAAGUAUUAUACAGAUGGAGGGGGGGUUGGGGGUGGGUAAUGCCCCCCUAUUCUCUCUCUCAGCAGCAGUAGUUCCCGGCCUGUGGGUCUAUCAGUGUUCAUGUUAUUUUGUCCCCAAGCUGCUAGUCACAAAUCUCUGAGAGCUCUUUAGGAAAUGAUUAAUUGAUGCUAAUGACCAUCAAAAAUAUACACUACCAUUCACAAAAAGUGUUUUUUUAUUAUAUUAAAAUGUUCUACAUUGUAGAUUUAUACUAAACUCGUCCAAAUUAUGAAGAAAAAACAUAUGGAGUUAUUUAGUAUACAAAAAAAGUGUUAAACAAACCAGAAUAUGAUUUAUAUUUUAGUUUCUAUAAAGUAUCUCCUCUUGUUUAGAUGAUCAGUUUUGAACAUCUCUGCUGGAUUGUCAGUUUUAUGAGGUAGAGUCUCCUGGAAUCCAGGCUUUCAGUUAACAGCUGUGCUGAACUCAUCAAGAGUUAAUUACUUGAAUUUCUUGUCUCUUAAUAAAGUGUUUGAGAGCAUCAGUUAAAGUAAAGUAGUGAAGAGGUAGAGUUACAGGUAUACAGCGAAGAAUAGUGAAGAAAAAUAGUAUCCUCAAGUGCAGUCACCGCAAAGACCAUCAAAAAGGUUAUAAUGGUGGAACUGGCACUCAUCAGGAUUGCCCCAGGAAAGGAAGAGCGAGAGUUUCCUCUGUUGUAUAGGAUGAGUUCAUCAGAGUUACCAGCCUCAGAAACUGCAAGUUAACAAACAGCUCCCCAGAUAAGAGAAUCUAAAAGCUUCUUCACAGGGUAUUUAGGUUUGUUUAACACUGUUUUUAAGUUACUACAUGAUUCCUUAUGUGUUUCUUCAUAAUCUGAUAGGUUACUUCGCUUGUUCUUGAAUCACAUGACCAACAUUAACAAAUGUUGGGUCACAUGACCAAAAUUGUUAUUUCCAUUUCCAUUCACACAACUGGAAACAGUCCAGAUUCAGUUCAGUUUCACAUCAAACCACAUCUUAUAUAUUUAAUGAUUUUAAUAUGAAAAAAUGUAGAAGAAUAAGAACAAUUUCCCUCUAAAAAGUAUACAAGCAAAGGCUGUUAACACGUCUUAAGCCCUAUCUGGGCGGGGUAAUUUUCUCUUUUAUGGGUUUUUUUUUAUCCUCUGUGAUUUUAUUCCUGUCCGGAACGAUCGUGUACGUGUUUUUCUCAGACGUCCUCUGAGAUAAAAAAAUUACAGGCUGAAUUAUCUACUGUUUUUCUCUGAACUCCGUGCUCCUCUGGUAAUUUUAGUCCCGUCCAGACUCACAUCUCUGAGUUUCGUCUCCUCGCCUUUAAUAAAAUAGCUAUUUGUCCACUGCCGCGCACCGUAAUUACACUUUGGGCGCGCCACAGUUUCCACGGAGAUCCACGUUAAAAACACAACAGCGAGUGGAAAUGGAGGAGCUACUGAACACCACUGAUGUCAUGUGACUGAGAAAAAAGCCAAAAAACUCACUGCUCCUCCUGUUUUUUUCAAUUACAGUCCAGAUGCAGGAGUUUUAUUACCUGAGUAGAAGUGAGAAAUAUAUAGAAACUAAUCCUGUCCGGAUAGGACUUUAUUUUUAUUUCUUAAUUUUUGUUAGAAUCUAUUCUAAACUAAGGUUAAAAUUUGAUUUAAAGCCGGUAUUUAGUUACUAAUGCUGUUAGAGCAGCACAGUAAACCACAUUAACUCUGUUAUAUUUUAUUCUAUUAUAUUAAACACCCACAGAAAUGAAUAUAAUUUACAAUGAUAUCUAUAAUUGCCAAUACAUAUAAAUAAUUUAAAUAAAGUACCUUUCACAGUAUAACCACGACCACACCAGCUACACCGUAUCAUCUGAUACCGAGUAUUCUCCCGACCCUUACCCGUCAGUGUGUGUGAGAGUGUGUGUGAGAGUGUGUGUGUGAGAGUGUGUGUGUAUAUAUUUUAUGUGUAUAUAUGAAUAUUGUAAAUGAUGUUUUUAAGUGUAUCUUCAUUGUUUGUUCUUCGGGGGGAGGGGUUUGGGGUGGUUGAUUGACAGAUGAGCAGUUAUAGUGUUGAACUGUAAAACUGUAAAAUCUAACUUUUUCUUGCUCGGGACUUCCUGAUUGGCUGGAAGCGUCGCCGUGACAACAGCGAACGACGGAACAGCCCGACUCCUCUCAAUCAGCGAUUCUGAACUUACCUACUCAAAAUUACACACAAGACCGACGGAUAACGUACAGUCGAUUCUGUUUAAUUUGGUCCAGGAUCUGAAUUUAAUUCGUUUAUUACUUUAAAACUGUUUAUGGUUUAUUAUGGAGUUUAUUAUGAGGCAAAAGUACAAAAAAUCUGAAAUCUAUAAAGAAAUUUAUUGAACACAUAUUUUAAAAGAUACUUUAUUACUUUUUUUCUCUUUGCAGUUAUUUGACAUCUAUUUUCAUUUGCAUUUAAUUUGCUUUAAUUUUGGUUAAUUUUGCUGCUGAAGUCUUUAACACAGUUUUUCACAACAGAAGCAACUAACUAAAAUCUGCAAAAAAAUCACAAAAAUAAAAGCAAAAACUGUUAAAAUACAAACAAAAGUAAUUGUAUCCUAAAUUGUAUCUUAAAGUAUUUUUUUAAAAAAUAUAUAAUUUCUUAAUAUAGUUUUAUUCUAUUUUGAAUUCAUGGAAUAUACUUUUUCCUUUAGAUUCUCAAAAAAAGUUUAAAACUAAGGAUUUACAAACAAAAAAUAACAUCUGAAAACACUUUUUUAAGAAUCAAAAGAAAAAAUAUAAAUGUUGCAAAUUUGAA